GAGCAGUGAAGUCAGCCAGUGUUCCGAUGAAGCUCAGUCAUGUCUGGGCUGCUGGGUGUUGGACGUCUGCUGCUGUGGGGCUGUGCCUGCGUCUGGCUGCCCAGCCAGGCUGGAGCCGCUCUGCUCGUCGCCACAGGCCCUGGAGCUCAACAGGAGACAAGAGAAGCUGCCAGAUCACUGCAGAAAAGAAGUGCAAAUGAGGCACAGGUGGAGGUGCACAGCAUGGCGGUGGACUGCACCGUCACGUCUCGCUUUGCCCACACCGUCAUGACCUCGGUGGCUCUGAACAAGGCAAACUCCAGCCAGGAAAUCUCCUUCGACGUGGAGCUGCCCAAAACCGCCUUCAUCACCAACUUCAGCAUGGAAAUUGAAGGUGAGGUGUACGUUGGGCAGGUGAAGGAGAAAGAGAAGGCGAAGAAGCAGUACGAGAAGGCCGUUUCCUCCGGUCAGACGGCCGGACUGGUCAAAGCCUCUGGCAGAAAGAUGGAGAAGUUUUCAGUGUCCGUCAACAUCGCAGCCGAAAGUAACGUCACUUUUGUUCUGACCUACGAGGAGCUGCUCCAGAGGAAACUGGGUCGAUAUGAGAUUCUGACUCGGGUCAAACCCAAACUACCCGUGCAGGAGUUUCAUAUUGUGGCAAACAUCUAUGAGCCACAGGGCAUUGCCUUCGUUGACGUCCACGCCAACUUCCUCUCCAAUGACCUGCUCCCUCUGGUGGAGAAAACCGUCACUGCCCAAAAGGCGCACAUCUCCUUCUCACCAACGAUGGAGCAGCAGAGAAAGUGUCCAGGCUGUGACGGAACACAGAUUGAUGGAGAUUUUGUCAUCAACUACGACGUGGAACGAGCACAGACGCUUGGAGACAUUCAGAUUGUGAACGGAUACUUCGUCCACUUCUUUGCCCCGUCCGACCUGCCCAGAGUCCCAAAGAAUGUGGUGUUUGUGAUCGAUCGGAGUGGAUCCAUGUCGGGGAAUAAGAUGCAGCAAACGCGAGAGGCACUGCAGGCCAUCCUCACAGACCUCCACGAGGAGGAUCACUUUGCCCUCGUCCCGUUUGAUGACAAAAUUCUCUCCUGGAAGGAAUCGCUUUACAAAGCAACCAAAGAAAACGUGGCAGACGCCCUGGUCUAUGUCCAAAACAUACACGCCAAUGGACUGACCAACAUCAAUGACGCGGUGAUGAAAGGUAUCAACAUGCUGCACUCGGACAGGGAGCACAAGAGGAUCCCAGAGAGGAGCUUUGACAUGAUUAUUCUCCUGACUGAUGGAAUGCCCAACACUGGGGAGAGUAACAUCGCACGGAUCCAGGAGAAUGUGAAGUCCGCUCUCGGAGGAAAAACCUCCCUGUUUUGUCUGGGCUUCGGAAACGACGUGGAUUACUCCUUCCUGGACGUGAUGAGCUCCCAGAACCGGGGACUGGCCCGCAGAAUAUUUGAAGCUUCAGACGCAACACUUCAGCUCCAGGGUUUCUACGAGGAAGUUGCCAGUCCUCUGCUUUCUGAGUUGGACCUGCGCUAUCCCGACAGUGCGGUGGACGCCCUGACCACCAACCACUUCUCGCAGCUGUUCAACGGCUCAGAGAUUGUGGUUGCCGGCCGGCUAACGGACAACAACCUGGACAACUUUAUGGUGGACGUUUUCGGCCAAGGGUUUGAGAACGAUUUCAAAGUGCAGGGUGAGGCCAAGGCCGUGGACUGGAACGCGCUGUACCCAGAGGAGGACUACAUUUUCGGGGACUUUACGGAGCGCCUGUGGGCCUACCUCACCAUCCAGCAGCUGCUGGACAAGAGCAAAAUAGGCGCGGCCGACGAGAAGGCCAACGCCACGGCCGAGGCGCUGGAGAUGGCGCUGCGGUACAGCUUCGUCACGCCCCUCACCUCCAUGGUGGUCACCAAGCCCGACAGCCGGGACGACCCCCUGAUCGCCGACAAGCUGACGGAGGAGCAGAGACAACGGGAGGAGAAAAUGGCAAUCAGAGCUCAAGCCUACCAAUACCGACCAAUACAGUCACAAAGUUACCUGCAUCAGUCAACGCCCGUGUAUUUCGUGGAUGGAGAUCCUCACUUCAUCAUCGAACUCCCUGACAGGAACGACUCCCUGUGCUUCAAUAUCAAUGACAAACCAGGGACCAUUUUCAAUCUGGUAACAGACCCCACAACAGGUAUUUUGGUCAACGGUCAGAUAAUUGGAGACAAGAAAAUCCCUCCCGAUGGUAAAAUCAACACCUACUUCUGGCGCUUCGGCAUCGUCCACCAGACUCUGGGAGCGAGGCUGGACAUCAGCACGAAGGAUAUCUCCGUUUUCCAGGACGGCGAAUGGGUCAGGCUGCUGUGGUCCGAUACGGCUUCUAUCAAAGGAGCCAAUGUGGAGCUUCUCGUGACCAAAGAUCGCAGUUUAACGGUGACUCUCAAAGACUCAGUCAAGUUUGUGAUCCUGCUGCACAAAGUGUGGGCGAAUCACCCAUAUCACAGAGACUACUUGGGCUUCUACACCCUGGACAGCCACCUCCUCUCCUCGUCUACUCAUGGGCUGCUGGGUCAGUUCUACCGACCGAUUGAUUAUGAGGUGACAGACCUACGUCCGGGAGCAGUGCCAGAGAAACCAGACGCCACCAUGUAUGUGAAGGGACGGGAGCUCACUGUGACCAGAGGAUGGCAGCGAGACUUCAGGAGGGAUGUGAAGAACGGGGAGGAUGUUCCCUGCUGGUUCAUUCAUAACAAUGGAACCGGGCUCAUCGACGGAGAAGCAACAGACUACGUCGUGUCAGGGCUCUUUAAACGUGUUUAAAAGCAGGUUACCGAGGUAGUCAAAAUAAUCAUCAGUUCACAACAAGAAGGCACACCUUAGUUCUAAGAUGCAUUUUGAAUGGAACACACUGAGAUGGAUUCAGCUUUAACGAUGUCUGUCUUUGCUCAUUUAAUGCGACACAGACGCACACAGGUCUGUCAUCACGAGGUCUGUUACAGUUAAUGUGAACUCCACCACAGGACUCUCAAACCUAAUAAAGAUUAUCUUGGUGGUAACGUGAAAUUCAUUCUUACUAUCAUGACUGUUUUUAUUGUUCAGGAUCAUAUUGUCCAGACACGACUUUGUCGUUGUGAGUCUUCCUCGUCUUCCUCCUCUGGGUUUGUGCUGUAAGAAGGCUGCAAAAAAAAAAAAAAAACAA